AUGGCGUCCUCAUCCUCGAAGAGGACGCGAUAUUGCAAGCACACAUCAGAUCCGCCAAUGCUCACCUACUACCUUGCACCCUGUGCUUACCACAACCUCGCGCGAUGUGUAGAUAUGUUGAUAGCUGUGUUGGAGUGUUGA